GGCUCCUUCUUGCGCCCUAAAGGAUAACUUUUAAAGGAAAUCCAACUGGAGCGACAGGAUCGUUCCCAUUAUUCCAGAAUUGUAUUGGUUUUGGGUUUUUUUUGUUUUUUUGUGGGAACACCUAAACUGGGAUACGGUUGCGAGAACUUUUACGCAAGAAACAGGACAUCGCUGUGCUUUAACUGCAGUUUGACUGUAGAUAUUCGAGUUUGAGAAAUUUAAUUAGACUUUUUUGUUUUGUUUUGUUUUUAAACCAGCGGUGAGAAACGUUUCUGGUGCAAUCAGCGGGAGGCGUCUGCUUAAAAAGAAAAUCGCUGUUUAGUCGAGACAUUUUUUUGGUUUUAGUUUAGGCGGAUUAAUUUUUUUUUAAUAUAUCGCGCCUGGAUUACCUGUGCCAACAGACUCUUACCGAUCUGCAGAAAAAUAUUUGGGAGAUUCAUUCACUUAUUUGCGAGUUUGAGUGAGAUCUCGGGCAGUUUGUGGUGCUUAUAUUCAGUUCUCACGCGGCAGAAAGAAAUCCACGGAGUGCAGCAGACGCGAGCACCGAUAUAAGACAAGCUGAGCGCUGCCGCGGAGCUUUUAUUUGCACGUCUUUGCUGAAAUUAGAGCAAACCUCGUCGGCUCUGGUGCUGCUCGAGCCGACACAUCAUGUGCAGAUGAUCUAGCCACACAGUCACCAGUUUGUAGUUUCUGUUCAGGUAGCGAGGCUCUUUCCACUCGCCUCCAACCUUUGCGCCAACACAGUGGACUCUUGACACCAGCGGCGUCUGGAGAGACAGACAAAAACUUUUCCCUCCAAAGAGUUUUGCUCCUCUGAUCCGACCCAGUCAGGUGGCACUGACCCAAGCUGUUGUGAUGCAUAUUCCCGUAGAGCCGCCGACCACCAGACGGUUCACGCCGCCCUCCACAUCCUUCCCCUGCAGCAAGAUUGGAGACAGCAACGGGGCCAUGGCCACCGCAGGGCCCAUCAGGUCAAGACCGGACACCAGGAACGUGGUGGACGUCCUGGCGGACCACGCGGGCGAGCUGGUCCGGACCGACAGCCCAAACUUCCUCUGCUCUGUGCUGCCGUCUCACUGGAGGUGCAACAAGACGCUCCCCGUGGCUUUCAAGGUUGUGGCUCUUGGUGACGUCCCCGACGGGACUCUGGUCACCGUGAUGGCCGGAAACGACGAGAACUACUCGGCCGAGCUGAGGAACGCCUCGGCUGUAAUGAAGAACCAGGUGGCUCGCUUCAACGACCUGCGCUUCGUGGGUAGGAGCGGACGAGGAAAGAGCUUCACUCUGACCAUCACCGUGUUCACCGGACCGCCUCAGGUGGCCACGUACCACCGCGCCAUCAAAGUGACCGUGGACGGACCCCGCGAACCACGCAGGCACAGGGUGAAGUUAGAAGACCCCCAGAAGAUGCAGUUCUCAGACAGGCUGUCAGAGAUCGAACGCUACCAGCGGAGUAUGAGGAUAGGCCCAGGAAACACCAAUCCUCGCCAAAUCCACCAACCCCACCUUGGCACCACACCAGCCCUGUGGCAGGAGCAGAUGGAUACCCCCACCCUGAAGACCUGCAAGGUGGAGGAGGACCUGAGACCGUGGCCAGCGACUACAGAGCUCUUCCCGCAGAGGACCACCUUCCCGUCUCUGUCACCGCUGACCGACCCUCGCUUCUCAGAUCCCCGCAUGCACUACCCCGGGGCCUUCCCCUACUCCGCCAACACCUCCAGCACUGGCAUUAGUGGCCUUAGCAUGUCAGCCUCUACUAGAUACCACACCUACCUGCCACCACCCUACUCAAACAACCAAUCCCAAAACUUCCAGUCCAACUCUUACCUGUAUUAUGGUACAGGCUCUGGAUCCUACCAGUUCUCCAUGGUGGCUCCGGGGAAUACCGGGGGCGAGCGCUCUCCCACCCGCCUACUGUCCUGCUCGGGGGCUACAGGCACUGGUGGGACCAACAGCCUGAUGAACCCGGGCCUAAACACCCAGAGCGAGGGCGUCGAAGCCGACGGCAGCCACAGCAACUCCCCCACAGCCAUGAGCGCUUCGGGUCGCUUGGAUGAAUCUGUCUGGAGGCCUUACUGACUGACAGACAGCUAGACAAGAAGAGAAGGAGAAAACAAAGUAAAGAGGAUGAUGAACAAAGAAAAAAAGAAGCUGAACACUGAAAGAAAAGAAGAAAAAAAACAAAAAAAGAGAAAUGCUGCAUGUUUGUCUUUUAUUUCUCCAGCACUCGCUUUAAAGACCUUAAGCUUUUACCAACUCCCCCAAGACUUCUAUUUGUUUUGUAAAUUCUUGAACUCCUGCACUGUACCGAGGUACCGUCAAAGAACCGGAAAAGCCAUACGAGCUGACGCGUUACUCGGCAGAGACUGUAAACAGAAGAGAGAGUAAAACGAGAGAAGCCGCAGUAAUGUGUCAGCAUCAUUUGUCUUGUGCAAACAGGUACUCAUCAAAGACAAAUGAACAAAAGGCGGCGGAGGUGUGAUCAAUCAGCACAGCUGAUGAACUGAAAAACCGCAGCAGAAAUCCCUCAAACAGACCGAUCCAGCUCACUCGGCGGGCGGAGAAGAGAAGUCGGGCUGGAUGUCGACUCCUGCGAGGCAUGGCUGCACUGCUGUAGCAAUCCUUCCUUUUUAAAGCUUUAAUUUCUGUCAAAUUUCAACAUUGUAAAAAAUUAUUGAGUCAGUUGUGAAAACAUUGUCAGUUGCACCCAAGGCUGUUUCGUGCGCUCACGGUGGUUAUGCAGUACCUUAUUGCCUAAUUUAUUAUCCAAAUGGACACAUUAGCGUUUGGAGCCACACUGCGCAGUGGAUGUUUCGACACAACUGCUGCAUUAUUGAGAAACAAAAGCAUUUUACCUGUCAUGUUUUUAGAUAUGACUUCUCCUCUGCCGCGUCAUCAGUCGAUCACGUUUCAACAGGACAGUGGCUGAUAUUUCAAGGAAUGUAUAAAGACUAAAGCAGAGGAGGGUUUCUUGGUUUUUUUGUUUUUCUGUAGGAGUCCUGUUGUCUCUACUCUUUACUUUUCCUUUGAUGUUCUUAUUCAAGCCCUUUUCUAAAGAAAAAAAAGUCCUAGUCUGGUAUUUUUAAACUGGAUGAGACAGUUUACCUUUCAUAUUUAUUUGAGCCAAAAUUUGAGGAAAUGUAUGCAUAUACCCCAAAUCCUUAAGCAUUUCUCUCUGCCUUUCCUUUUUUUUAUAUAAAUAUAUAUACAGUAUAUAUACCAUGUUUUGUUGUUAAGUAUAAAUUUGGAAUUUGUGUAAUAUAUUGCUACUAAAUUAUAAAAAAACCAAAACCUUUAAUGUAAUUUUUUGCCUUCCAAUGUAGCUUUGAUGCACUAAAACUUUUAUUCCUGAGUGAACAGUGCCCAACAGCAUCUUCUAGAGCUGUAAGCUUUUAAAAAAGUUCCAAAAUUGCCUUCCUGCGCUUAAAAAGACAAAAAAGCCAUUUGCUGAAUUUUUUGCACUAUGUUUGAACUUUCAUUUCUCUCUUUAUUUUUGGGUUUAUACAUUUACAAAUAUCCAGAAGCGUGCCGAACUAAACAUGAUAGAUAUAUAGACAUCAACUUAAGUCUUUCGCCAAAUAAUUUCGUGAUCAGACACACAAACACAUUCCUGCACCACAGGUGUGUGUGCGCAUUCCCCCUGUCCUGGGAGGGCCUUUCCCCUUUAGCUACACAUGUGAUCCCGUGUUUCCAUAAAUUAGGAGGAGAGGAUGAAGGGAUGGAGGAAAACAGGUGGGGUCAAAAGGGGUAUCUUCUUACAAAACCAGGGGCAGUUGAAAAAAAACCCCUCUGUUGUUGUGCACCGGUCCUUUUGUUCUAAAUAAUCAGUGAGUGCUUUGAAACCUUUUAUGGCCCCCAGUCUAAUUUACUGUCAGUGCCAGGGGGUCGUAGCUCCGCCAGCUCUGCCUGCACACAUCGCCUUGGCACGAGGUGUGCUAAAGAUAUCUACAAAAAGUAUCAGGUAUCCAGUAUUUACCAGGAAACUCUUUCACAAGAAUGAAGAUGAUUAGUAUUCACGACUCUGAAAGUUGGCGGCUCAUGUGAUAAACAAGUAAGCUUUAAUGUCAAAGUGAGAAGUGAUCCAAAGAAGCUAGCAUUUGCAGCUCAGGUAAAGGAAAAAAAAGUAUGCAAGCUGUUUUGUAUGCCCUCUGCCUUAUUCCUAGUUUUUUUCUAAAUGACAACGUCUCAUUCCUAUCUCCCUUUGGCCUGGAUAUGCCUGAAAACCUUACUGUAUUAUAGGCAAACAUCAUGCAGCUAGAGAAACCACCUACGUACUGAGAUUUGUGUGGUUCCUUCAAACACAAAAAACCAAAGAUCUUCACAACUGCCUGUAAUACUGUUUGGAUGUUUUCGAUGGAGAAAAUGUGUGGCAAAAAAUAUCAUUGUUUUUGUUUUUCUUCUGCAAACAAGCCCAAGUGUGUGAGUAAAUCUUAUUUUUAUUGCGUGUUAAUUAAAGAGCACAAUGUUACUUUUUUUUUUUUUAAACAAUCCCUUUCCAGCAAAAUGUUCCUUCAUCUUGCUCUCUCCAUCUCUUUAAUGCUCAAAGCAUGUACAUCUGAAACUGGUAUGUUAAUUUAAAAAAAAAUUUCACCAUGUAUGUAAUGAUAUCAAUAAUGCUUCUAUACUGAGUGCUUGUAAAG